UUCUGUGUGGGUGAGAGACACAGAGAGAAGGAGGAGGGGUGUAGACAGAGAAAGAGAGAGAGAACUCUAGCAGUCAGAUCUUGGCUGUGGUGAGGACACCCAGGAGAAGUGCAUUCCUCAGGCAGCAAGCAAGGAGAAGGCAGCAAGAUAGAGCGGAGAAGUCACGGCAUCCUUUAAAUCUGUCUGUUACCACGUCUGACUGCCUCUGACCUCCGCUGGACUCACACGUUCCUUAUACACACACGCGCGCACCUCGCACACACGCCAGCUGCACAACCGGCUCUGCUGCUCCUUGAGAAGUAAAGGAUUUCAGAGUGAGGAAGAGACAGAGAGAAUACAAACAGACGGAGGAAAUAAAGACACUGAAACGGAGGAAGAGAUCCUGUCACUUGAGUCAGUGCCAUGCGGCGUUGAGUUGAGAGCUGAAGUGAUCUGUUUUGAAGACUAUCUUACUGUUCAUCCCAUCCUGCCUGGUCCCAGAUGGAGCUCAAAGUGUGGGUGGACGGAGUGGUGCGAGUUGUGUGCGGCCUGUCUGAGGAGACGUCCUGUCAGGAUGUAGUUAUUGCUUUGGCCCAAGCCAUUGGUCAAACAGGUCGCUAUGUUCUGAUCCAGCGUCUUAGAGACACAGAGAGGCAGCUGUUGGCCACAGAGAAGCCUCUGGAGUCCCUGGCUAAGUUAGGCCAACAUGGUAGUGAAGUUCAGUUCUUCCUUCGUCGUACUGGCCCUAGCAGCAGCGAUGGACCAAACUCAAAACAAGACAGACCACCUCCCCCCUCACUCCCCAAGCAUUCUGAGCCGGAGCCUUUGAAGCGCAGCCAGCCUAAGAAAGCACUCACCUUUAACUUGGGGCCAUCCACCUCUCCUAGAACCAAAGCCAAACAGUUUAAGAGGACUCCUCGGGACUCUCCAGAACAAAGAGCCUCUCCCUCCCCUUCUCCCAGCCCCUUACCCCCUCAUAUGCAGUCCCCCUCUCCCUCACCACCUAUAGGCCCAUCCAAAGAGGAAGUCUUUAGGAAGGUUCUUCAGCAGCAGGAGAGGCUGAGGGCUUUUGAGGCCCAGCUAGAAACUCUAGAGAGGGAGUCACACACCUGGGAGCGUCCCUACCCUUCUCCAUGUCCUUCACCAAUCUCCGACGCUCGCUUGCAAGAAGAGAUGGAUGCUCUGGAACAAGCAGUGCGGAGGAACCAGGCUGAGCUUGCCCAAGAGCAGCACUGGGAGGAGCAGCUUCAGGCAGAGGUGGAGAAGGAGCGAGGCAUGAGGAGGAAGCUGGGGGAGCUCCAUGCCAAGCUAGACGACUGUGGACGGCGACUCCAUGAGUUCUCUAUUCGUACUGCUCAGCUCGAGCAGGAGAUCCAGCGGGAAAGCCAGGUCGAAGGGAAAGCCCACAGACCUGAGGAGUCACUUGAUGCUGUGAAGGCUGAGCUCAAGAGCCAGGAGAAUCACGGGACAGAGCUGGAGGGGCAGCUAUCUGAGACUGACAUGGCUGUGGGGAAGGCAGAGGCUCUGCUCCAGAUGCAAUGGCCUAAGCCAGUUGGAGAAACCUGGGACAUGGGUAUCCACUUCACGGAGCUUAUCAGACUGGAUCCAGCGGCCAGACAGGAGGAGCUGGAGGAGUUGAAUAAGGAGCUGAGGCAGUGUAACCUGCAGCAGUUUAUUCAACAGACAGGUGUCCUGCCAGCACACACUCACUCACGCACAGAGCUCCAGGAACAACUGGAACAGUUAGAACUGGCACAUCUUCUGCAGGAUGGAUACAGUAAUGGAGUGGAAUCACCACCUCGCCCCACUGCCAAACAGUUCCUGGGACAUCCACGCAACCUGCAAAACCCUCUAGUGUCCAGUCUCAACCCUGAGGUCCUGACAUCCAGAGAGUCGUCAUGGAGAUAAAACAUGGACCACAGGGCCAAGGGAAACUUGUUCACUGUUCUGUCACCGUCACCUCCUAUUUAACCCUUUCAUGUGUAACUCUUGUCAUUAUUUAAUCAACUAUGAUAUACAUACUGUAUAUACAUAAGACACAUAUAUUUACAGAGUUUUGCUACUGUAAACACUGCAAAGUAUCUGUAUGAAAUGUACAAUAAUUUAGAAACCUUUUACCUAGAGCAAUUAUUACUAUGUAUUUAAAUAUAAUAAAAUGUUCUUUGUGUUUUAGGUAA